AUGAAUCUGUUGCACGUGGUGACUCACCACGUGGACUGUUCGCAACAGGCACCGCCUGUUGCUGAAUCGCAACAGCAGGCGAAGCAUCACCUGCUGGUGAAGCAAGAGAGGAACUCUCUUCGGCUGCGCAUGCGUGAAACCGCUUUUCUUGCUGCUUUGGCAGCACAUCGCAUGUACUUUGACACCAUGCGAUGA